AUGUUUUCUCUCACCGAAACCGACUUUGAGAUUUUUAAAAACGGCGAAGCUAUCGCCCAAGAAGUCGGAGGGAACCUCGAGCUUCCGUUCAGCAGCGAACUUCUCUACCAAGGAAACCUAGCUGCUGUUUCCGCUUGGGAUAUCUCUUGGGUCAAAGUCUUCUACCAACUAGAAUCCGGCGAGAUUGCCACCCGCCACUACGACAUUGCAACAAAGCAAUGGAACGACGUUUUCGCCCUCACUGCAGUCCCAAUUGAUGCGAAGUACCGACCGGUAAUUCGUACUCCAUUGGCAGCUUUCCAGACCAGUGAUGGCAAUAUUCGUCUGUUCUAUCUCAGUCCUUCGGCGGAUGAUGUGACUAGAUAUCAACUUAUUGAGGUUGUCUGGGAGGGAACGACCGCAGAGGGAUCAGAGCCAAAGCCUGUUCUUAUCGACGGGCGACCCGUUACUACUGCUGUAUACAGUAAUCUCGGUGUUACUGGAUAUAAGACCAAUGAGAAGGAUAGUGACGGUAAUGAUGUUCACUUGAGAGUCUACUACCAAGAGACCGCAGAUAAACUCAACCGUCUCCAAGAACUCCAAUACACCCCAACCUCAGGCUGGACCUACGGUACUCUCCUCCCAUACGACCAGCACCGUCCUCUCCUCGGAACAUCCAUUGCCUUCAUCGACCACAACAGCCAUGACCCCAACAUUCGAGGCUACUACCAAGACGUCAGCGGAACGAUCCGUGAAGUCUUGUACUACACCGAAGACGACAAAAACUGGAUCUGGGGCCAUUUCAAGACAUUCGACAAAGUCCCCUUCCGCACACCCAUUACUGCCAUUGACCCGUUGAAUAAACUGUAUCAAUGUAUCUUCUGGGUUGAUAAUUAUAAUAGAUUGGUUCACUCUCGCUGGACACAGCACGGAUGGGAGGAUCCGGUUGCUAAGGGAAAAGUUGAUCGUGUUCCAUUGGCUCCUGGAUCGAAGCUUGCGGUUGCGGGUGUUUAUGCUGCUGAUGCUGAGGAUCAUUAUGAUCUUUAUUUGUUUUCGGUGCUACCGUUGAAUACUUUGACUGUUAGGAAGUUUAAUAGUUCGAAUGGUGGGUUGCCGGAGUUGGUUCCUAUUGGGGAUUCGGUUGAGGGAGUGGUUGUGGGGACUAAGGACGAGUAA